AUGGACGAAGCUCAUGUUGAGUUGCCCGACGGACACCUUGUGAAUCUCUCACCACGGCCUGCACUGCAAACUCCCUACAAAGCGUACCGAGCCGAGUCCAAGCCAUCGACGGAGCUCUUGGCAACACCUCCACCUCGAUACCCGCAAGAAGAAAUACCAACGGGAUAUGUUGUUGCAAGAGGCGCAUCGGCGAAUAUAUCUGAAAUGUCAAAAUCUACCAAGCUGCCACUCCCCAAGACUUUCUCUGAAAGUCGUAACCAUGAUUCAAGUCAAACGUCUAGUCCCACUGGAAUUCCUAAAUUGAUACCAGCCAGCCACUCCUUGGGACAGCUCGGGAACCAGCCAAGAGCUUCAAGCAAAGGUCAUGAUCCAUACUGGAGGAAAAUCCGGGAUAAAUUGGAGGAGUCCCCAUUGUUGCCAAGACGUGCCAGGAGCAAGGAAAGCGACAAGGCCGAAUCUCCUAGCUCGCCCUCGUCAUAUCACCGCAGCAGACUUCCCGCCAGCACUAGCCAACACAAGACAAUCUCCCGCGCAGGUAAUGCACCGUCAGGCAUCCCAAGUCCAAGCGCUGUGAACAGCAGUCCCGCGCAGGGGCCGAGAAGAAACACUCACACUACGCUUUCCGAGGGCAGCGAAAGCAACUGGCGGAAGCAAGGUGACCAAUGGGUGAACAUGGACGAUACCACAACUACACCCCUGAAAUCAGUGAUAACGCAGGCGACGACUGAUUCCAGCCCUCCAUCCCAUCCUUCCGUCUCACCAGUAUCUGCCGAGGACAGUUCUAGCACUGACUGGGAAGACCGAUUCGUCGUAAAUAUGCCAACCGCAAAAGAUCCCAAUCCGCCAACGAUGACUGCACAACAAAUUGCUGAGUAUCAGAGGAGCAUUGAAAGGGUACACCGGGCCGGCGUGCAAAUGGCAGAUCCGGAGACAUUGCCUAGUCGCAACGCCUCACCAGAGAUCAAACUCAUCCCUAGCGAGCAAAGAACCCAUGGCCCAAGGUGUAUCCACACUUAUGAUGGGGCAAAUGAUGGGCAUCAAAUACCGAGCUUGUCACGAGACCAAUAUCGCUCAUCACAGCAGUCUCAGCAAAAGUCUCAGCCGGAGCAAUAUUCACAAGUCCAACCCCCGCAGCCGCAGCAGCCGCAGCCCACGACUACGUCCCAGCGUCAUCUAGCUAGCCACUACUAUAGCCCGGAUGAAAUCGGGUAUAAUCGUAUUAGCACAAUUUGGGAGGAAUCUCCCACAAAAACUAAGGAGAGGCGACACCCCCACAAUGCGGAUGGGUCUUUUUUAGGGUGCAGGGAAAUAUCAGGGGAGAAGAAUCCAGACGAAAUUCUUACGUUCGCUUCCCCAAACGAUGCCAGUCUGCAUCCACUCCCACUAGCCUUAGUUUCCAAGAACAAGCAACAGGUGCCGAAGCAAGUGAGGAACGCGACAGACCAAAAUGCAGCCCCCAGCGUCGAGGAAACCAUAGUCCUUCAAGAAGAGCGAACACAAAAUUCUCAGAAUUCGAGACCUGCCCAAUGCUCGAAGCCAUCCGUCGUGUACCAGAAUCGGAGUCCCUCCCAGAACCCAUCUCCAAUCCCACGGACCAGGUCCCAGGAUUCGAGCAAGGAGAACUACCACCCUACCAGCAAUACACCCGAGCGGUCCAGGGAUCUAGAAGACGAUCCGGGGGACGACAAUGUGUUCAUUUCCACACCCACUAUCACACGCACCAUGAUUCCCACGCCCGACAAGAAAGCAUCUUCGCCAAAGCCGCAAGGGCUGCGUCGUGCUGGUGGCACAAACCACACAGUCACCGCAGAGGCUAUCAAAGCCGUCCGGGCAAAGGCCCAGAUGAUUUCGACACCAUCGGGGUUGCGGCCCGGGGGGACCAACAUGAAUAUCAAGCUAAUAGGGCGUACCUUGACAACCUCGCAAACAUAUCCGCUCGGCAGCAUCUCCAUCACACCGGAAGAUCGAGACGACGGGGGGCAAACACAAGACCAUGCACAAGAUCGCAAUCGAGAACGAGCAGCAGGUACACCAUCGAAUACUAUCCGUGGCUUCAUCCGUACCUCCGGGCUGGCAAGAUCUUCAGGGCUUCCUAGAUCACCUACGGAUAGCUUUGCUACGAUCCUGCGCAACAGAACUGAAUCUCUCCGUACACGCGCUGAGUCUCUCCGGAGUGAUUCAGGGUCAGCCCGGCGGGUGAACCAGCAGCGUUCUCCAAGUCCUCAAUCAAUUUCUCCGCCCAAGGAAGACUUGGAAUCAUCACGAUCAGUACAGUCAUUUCAAUCCACCAAAGACAUUCCACCUGUCUCGACAGACAAGCCUGACUCGGCGCCAAAACCAACCAUAACGGAAAAUAAACCAGGGGAAAAUCAACCGGAGGAAAACAAACAAUCUCCCUCACGCCCACCGGCACCAAGCAAACCAAUAACGAAACGAGCGGCCUUAUCAGAAGGACGUUCUUCGUCGCCAAAAGCCGACAAGCCCUCUUUAUUAACCAAAAGUGUUUCCACACUAGCAAAGCCGUCCAAGUUGGACAAAGUCUCCAAGAUUGCAAAACCAGCUCCGUCUGAAAAGUCUCCUUCUUCCGUGGCAAAGAAGACCGAUACUUCGCCAAAAAAGGAAGAGCGAGUGAAGCCCCUUCCUCGUCUCCGUACCUCGGGUAAAGUGUUGGAAAUCGCCGAGCUAGACGGGCUUCAGGUUGUGAGUCCCAAGGAUUCUCUACAGUCGAGUAUCACAGAUGUCUCUGCCGAUUUAGGUGACAUGCGCUCCCAAGACAAUGCUGAUUGCGAUGGACAGGGGCCCAACCCUUUGGCCCUUUCACUUCUUUUCAAUAUUCUUGUUGUCGCCGUCACCCAAGUCAAUAAAGCUGUUCGAAUGGGCACCGGCAGCCCUUACAUCAAAUUUGUGGUCAACAACACGCUGAACAUGACCAGCCACUGCUGGCGUGUUUUCAAAUGCAUCUACGUCGUGGUAUCACGUUACCAGGCCACAGGCACAUGGCCUAAGGCUCGUAAUGACCAGGCCAUCAGUCGUUUCAUGGUGGAGCUUCUUCAGGCCAUCGUGUACCUCUUGAUUCUUGGGUUUGCUGCCAUUCUGAUAGGCCGUACUGCUGGCUACGUCGUUCUCGUGACCAGUUGGAUUCUAUGGUUUGCUAGGCCAUUUGCGUGGGCCUUCCAAUGUGUUGGCCGUGCCCUCAUAAUGUAA